AUGCAUAAUUACGUAUCCAUCACCCCUAAACGCUCACAAGACAACAAAGAUUCUGGGGCCACCUCCUCGGGGGUACUAGAAUCCAAGCGACGUCGUGUUGGUGUUUCAAUAGCCUGCAACGCCUGCCGCCGCAAAAAGAUCCGGUGCGACGGCCAAAGACCAGUUUGUUCAGCUUGUGAGAGUACACAGAGCGAUUGCGUGUACAGGGAUGAUUCUGCAGUAUCGGAAGAGUCUCAAUCGCUACUCCUCGAAGCAAUUCGCCUGCUGAACGAACUUCCAGAAGACAAAGUCUUGGACAAAUUAAGGAGUCUGAAAAAAGAGGGUGACGCUUCUGCUGUUCUCUCUAGUCUGAGAGAUAAAGCUGGCACUUUGCAGCCUUCUGAUCCUAGCUUCGAAGCGGCGACGAUGAGCGAUGCAUUUCAAUCUUUGGAGCUAGGACCUCAGUAUCCAAAUGCAUAUCCUGCAACACCAAAUCUGAGCCUAGAAACUCUAGAAGAGGCCACGUACCAGCAGCUUGUGCAUACAACGAGGAGAGGUUCGGGCACUGAGUCUUUGCAAGGCAUAACACAGCACGAAGCAGAGCCCGAAGCAGUACCUGGACCUCCUCUUUGUGACAGUCGUCUCGCCCAAUUAGAUAUAAGCAAUUGGACGAGUGUGAUAAUUAGUAAUGAGUAUGCUGCUCGUGCAAUCUCUCUAUAUUUGGAAACAGAUCACCCCCUCUUGGGAUUCUUCGAGCCAAACUUGUUUGUAGGUAGCCUCACGGCGGGCAAGACGGACUACUGUUCCCCAAUGCUUGUCAACGCGCUUCUUUAUUGGGCAUGCCUGAAUAAUGCUCAAGACCCCGAUAGUGGCUCACUGGCACUUCGUUUCUGCGCUGAGGCGGAGUCGCUUUGGGAACGCCAGCGUAGUUAUGACUCAAUACUGAAUUUAGCAGCCGUACAGUUUCUGAGUUUAGGUUACUUGGGCCAGGGUAGAGAUCACGUUGUCUUGGCAUAUCUCAACGAAGCAUCCCAGAUGGCCGUCCGUAUGGGCCUCUUUGGGGUUGGGGCAAAUCACAAACAACAACAAAUUGAGCUUAUGCCAGAACCAGCAAAGACUGCGCAGCUGUACGCGGCUUGGGGAUCAUUCAACUGGAUUACUCACAUGUCUCUAUUUUACCGCCAACCAGGUCUGCAAUGCCCCAAGAUUCCACCUAAACUGCCUAUCCCUUGGAAUCCCCAACCAGAUACAACAGGAGAGCCCGAAAACUCAGACAAUCCACAAGUCGAGCCUGAUCCCCCGUAUAUGGGAGGAGUAUUCCCUUAUAUCUCCUGGAGCAACCGCCUACCGCCAAAACUGUCUCGAAACGAUCAAAGCCCGCAUUAUGUACAAAUUUUACACAUAUGGCUUCAUGCCGCAAUCCUCGACUUGUUUAGUCCUCAUAGCACUCCGGAAAAUGUGUGCAUCGCAUCGGCUCGCCAGCUUAAGCAGCUCAUUAUCAACUAUAGGCUCAACUUUGCCUCAUCAUCUUAUUCGAUAUUAUGGCAUACGGCUUUGACUUACUUGGCCAACGCCGUUCUACACCAACCCAAAGACGAAAACUGGUUCUUUUACUUUUUACUCUGUGUUUAUGGCUACGAACGACUUCGACCGUGUUGGCGUGUUACACGAGCCAUCUCGACAGCCCUCCUGUCGAUGGCUUUGCGUAAAGGAGAUAUCACAAGCCCAACCGCGCGGCAAGUUUUGCACGAUAUCAAUGGCAGCAAUAGUAAUGGAAACCAAUUACCAGGAGACGUUAGAGCAACAUUCAUGAUGGACUUGGAUUUGGCAAAAUCUGAUCCUGAAUCUGCAACAGUUGAAAAGAUGGCGCAGGAUUUUGACCAGAAUCUUUUGCUUCAGCAGUACACAAAUAUCUUCGACAAUAAACAAUAG